UGCGGGGACUUUCUGGAGACUUUGGAGCAGAGGGUCCGAGAGUCCGUCAGUGCGCUGGAAAAGGCCCAGGAUGAGCUGAUGCCACCUCCAGGCCCCCACCCUCAACUUCCCAUGGAGUGUGCUGGCGAGGAUCCCACUGUCUUCACUGCCCAUUCUCUGCCCACUGACCCCCGGCUCUUGGCCACUGUGACCAACGUGUAUCUGGGCACACGCGUGUAUCAUGACACACUGCAUGUGAGUGGUGUGUACAAUGGGGCUCAGGGGGAUACACACCGGGCAGUUCUGCCCAGUCCCCUCAAUGUCCAGCUGGAGGCUGCUGCAGGGACAGAAGAGAAGCUGACCAAGACCUUUGCCCUGGACACUAACACAGGCUCCUUCCUGCACACCCUGGAGGGGUCCAACUUCCGGGCAUCACAGUGCAUCUACGCCCACCGCACGCUCCCUCAUGUCCUGGCCUUCAGUGUGUCCAUCUCCCGUUUGACUGAGGGGCGCUGCCCCAUCACCGUGCUGCUGCAGACCCCCUUCUCUCCAGAAAGCCCAGACCUGGACCUGCAUCUGGGUCCCGACUUCCAGGGUGCACGGUACCUGCACGGCUACACGCGAACCCCUGAGCAGCCAGGGGGACAGCUGCAGGAGGUGCACAUGCUGUGGACACCCGUGCCCCCCGCCGUGACCCUCGGGAAGGAUGAAGAAGAAGGAUCCUGGGAGUUCCUGACGGUGGUGGGAGGCAGCCAGGAGGAGGCUCAAGCCUGCUUCACAGAGGCCCUGCAGCUGCAGGCUGGGGGCACUCUGUACUCGGCCCACACCCAGGCCUGGGCCCAGCUCUGGGCAGACUGUGGCCUGGAUGUGGUGGGGGACCUGCCUCUGCGCCAGGCCCUGCGUGGAGCCCUCUACUACCUGUUCAGUUCCCUGCCCCAGCCCGGGACCCCAAGCUAUGUCUGCCACGGCCUCAGCCCUGGGGGCCUCUCCAAUGGGAGCCAUGAUGAGUGCUACUGGGGCCACGUCUUCUGGGACCAGGAUCUCUGGAUGUUCCCCAGCAUCCUCCUCUUCCACCCUGAGGCCGCCAGGGCGCUCCUGCAGUACCGGAUUCGGACACUGGGUGGUGCCUUGGAGAACGCCCAGACUCUCGGCUACCAGGGAGCUAAGUUUGCCUGGGAGAGUGCGAGCUCUGGCAGGGAGGUCUGCCCCGAGGACAUCUACGGGACCCAGGAGAUCCACAUCAAUGGGGCUGUGGUGUUGGCUUUUGAGCUCUACUACCACACCACCCAGGACCUGCAACUCUUCCGAGAGGCUGGCGGCUGGGCCGUGGUCAGCGCUGUGGCUGAGUUCUGGUGCAGCCGCGUGGUGUGGAGUCCAGAGGAGGAGAAGUACCACCUGCGGGGAGUCAUGCCCCCAGACGAGUACCACUCAGGUGUCAACAACUCUGUGUACACCAACGUCCUGGCCCAGAACAGCCUGCGCUUUGCUGCUACCCUGGCUCAGGACCUGGGUCAUCCUGUCCCGGACCAGUGGUUGGAGGUGGCUGAUCAGAUCAAGGUGCCCUUUGACUCGCAGCAAAACUUCCACCCUGAAUUUGAUGGCUAUGAUCCUGGGGAGGAGGUGAAGCAGGCAGAUGUCGUGCUCCUGGGGUACCCCGUCCCCUUCCCGCUGAGCCCUGAGGUGCGCAGGAAGAACCUGGAGACCUAUGAGGCUGUGACAUCUCCCCGGGGCCCGGCUAUGACCUGGAGCAUGUUCGCCAUAGGCUGGAUGGAGCUCAGGGAUCCCAGCCGGGCACGGGGCCUCCUGGAUAGGAGCUUCGCCCACAUCUCAGAACCCUUCAAGGUAUGGACGGAGAAUGCUGAUGGCUCAGGGGCCGUGAACUUCCUCACCGGGCUGGGGGGCUUCCUGCAGGCAGCGCUUUUCGGCUUCACAGGGUUCCGGGUCACCAGCACAGGUGUGACCUUCGACCCCCUUUGCCCAGGAGGGGUCUGUGGAGUCCAUAUCACUGGUGUCUGCUACUUGGGGAACAGACUUGACUUCUCCUUCUCCGAGUGCUCCAUGACCAUGGGGGUCACAGCCCGGGACAGGCCCUGGGCCCCACCACUGGAGGUCCAGCUCUGGCCAUCCCAGGCUCGUUUCCCUCUGGCUCCAGGACACUCGGUCUCCUUCCCUCGCUCAGCUGGCCGGAUACAGAGGUCAUUCCUGGGGGAGGCUGCACAGCCAGCUCUCUCUGAAGACCAGACACCUGCCCCAAGCCUGCAGCACCUUCCUGCCCCCCACACUGAGUGACCAGGGGUGCAGGCCCAGCGGUGUCCCAAGAACACGUCUGAUGCUACAGUCUGCACAACUAUGCUGUUCUGAAGCCAGUGCAGGGAGCAGCCAGAAUAUUCCUUCCACACAGGAUGGUGGCAGAGAAGGACCGAUGGUGGAGAUCUGAGCAGUGGGCCCCGUGUGUGCCCCUCUGCCCGCUGCCCCCCUGGGGGGGGUAGAUGAGGAUGGCGUUCAGCCCUCUGGAAACAGAAACCAGCAGAGCUGUGACAGCAGGGGCCAGUGGGCAGCAGCACAGCCUGCCCACAGCAAGCUGGCUCUCAGCUGACCAAGCUCUUUUCCUGGGUCAGAUGGAGGUGGGUGGCCAAACGGGACAAAAGCAGCCCCUUGAUUGGGGUCCCUCGUUCUGACUGGGCACUGCUAGGGCCUUUCCUGCCCUGCUCAGUGCCCUCUGGCUUCAGCACCCGGCCACGGGCCAAACCACCCCCACUCCCUUAACCACACAGGCUGAGACCCCCAGUCCUGGUUUGUCCUGUCUUGGGUCAGACCUGGCCCGAGGCCACUGCCUAUCUGCUGUGUGUCGUGGGUCCUGGGGCUGUGCCACUGGGAUCUGGCUGAACCACAGGCAGUCCUGGGAACCCCUGAGACCUCCCAGGGGUUCUGGGUGGGGCUGUGCAGCCCAGAGCCACCCUCUAGUUAAGGCACUGCAGGCCACCUGCCCUGUCAUUGCCUGACCACAGCAGGCCUCAGGAGCCCUACCCCAGCCACACAGGGUGUGUGCAAGUCCCCGCAGCCCUUCUUCUGCAUUGUC